ACUCACGAAACGUCGCAAUAGAAUAAAAAUGUAACAAGAUAAAAAAACUAAGAGCUUUUCCCUUUAAAAAAUUCUCAAUUCGUUUCUGCCGUAAAAAAAAUUUAAUUUUUCAAGCUUAAAAGUGAAAACAACGUGAGGAGUUUCUCAUUUGACCAAUUUAAUUCGAAAUCACGUGCUCGUUAAAUAUUUUUGCGGGACGUUUGUGAUUUUUUUCUAGCAACUUGCCGGCGGGCAAUUUUUUUUUACUUCAGCUAAAUGCCCCUUUAGUCCAGCAUACAACACACAUUAUUAAAGUAAGUUGUUCAUAUUGUUUCACAUGAACCAUACUCAUAAUAAUAAAAAUAAGACGGGCGGCAUCGAAUGAACUCUGCAGUGUGGAAGUCGAGCAGUUUGUUUAGAGGCACCGAGAAGUGCAGUGCGUGAUUCACUUUAGCUGCUGCACAAAUACCGCGCGCAGUCCCCUCGCGUGCCCCGUGUGUAUGGUGAACUACUUACGGGUCACCCUUUUCGCGCGAUAAUGUAAACCCCGCAAUUUUGUGUUUUGUGAUUCUAGCCUCAAGGAAUUUCACACGAAGCUUAAGUAAAGAAUUCCAAAAAAUAUGUGUGAGAAGUUUGUGUGGAAAAAAAUCAUCUUAAAAGCAAUUUAUUGAGAAAAAUAAUUUCAAAUAUUUAAUUAAAUGUGACGCAUGGGUUUCAUUUAUUUUUUCUUUUAGUACACAACUUAUCUCGGUGGAUUGUGUAAAAGUCAAGAAGUGAUUUUGCCGUAUUACUCACAUUUUUUUUAUUGUCGCGCCGCAUAUUUUUUGUUGAACUUUAUCGGAAAAAAAAAUUCCAAUCAACGGCUGAAUGCAUGAAGAAAAUACAGUCGUGAGGUCAAAAAUCCACUCAGGCACAUCGAGGAUCAACAACACUGCCGUGCCAGAGGAUACGACUGAGAAGAUCUCUGUUAUCCACGUGAGCUUCAUGCCCCUCUGGAUAAGCCGUAUUGGCCGGUCACCGCGCAAAAAGCCCAACACACAAGUGCCCCAUACAGCAAAAGUGAAUUAAAUUCAUUUGAAGUGUAAAAUAAAAUAUCCCGCCAAAUACCAACAAAUUAUAUGUAUGUGCAAACAAAGCUCAAUGGCAGUGAAAGUGCGAUAACAUUCUAAAAAGAAUUCUAUUCGAUGUGAAGCUUUUUUUUGUCAAAGAAACCCCCUUUGGAUUUGAAUUAGAAGUGUGAUUAAAAAGACAUUUUCAAUUCUCAAGUACCUCGUUUACAGAGUAUUUUACGUAAUUUUAAGUGAAACAAGUGUGAGGAACAUUUAAGAAUUGUUGGUGUGAACGGAAUAAAGGAGAGAAAAUGAGCCAUCAGGAGAACAAUAGCAAAAGGAAGCUUUCCUUCCUUGGCUUCAAUCCAAGAGCAAGUGCUGACAAUGGAGACCCCAAUGAAGUCCAAUUGGACGAGGAAAUGGAGAAAGUCUUUGCAGGAUCAGAUCGUGAAAAGGAGAAAUUUAACGUCCUCCAGCUUGCUGGAGCAGAUGAAAAACCCCAACCGUCGCCUGCAUCAGAGAAAUUUAUUGAUCCAGACCACGAUCAACAUCGUAGUGAAACAUACCCACAUAUGCUAUCCCCAUCGAAGUCCAGCCGAGGUAUGAAGCGUCAAGAUUCCAAGGAUACCAAUUCCCAAGAGGAUAAUAAAAGUGAAUCCGCACGGUCGACCCCCACUGUGAUUCCCUACAAUCGUGCCCUCCCACUGACCUCACCCACGAGGAGUCUGGGCAGUGGUAGUGCGGAAUCCGAUUCCGUGCCCCAGAUCUCGGAGAGAGCUGCCGCAGCGAAGCGAGACGAUGAAGCGGAUGACGAUCAGGGACGGAGUAAAGUGAAAUUCGAGGGUAGUCAGGACGAUGAGCCAGCCGAUGGCGAGAAGGAUGAGCAUGGACGUCGUCGGAAAUCCCGCCAUCAGCACUACAAGCAGCGUAAACCAUCGCUCUCUGACAAGCAUACAGGCGGUGUCCCUGAACCCGGGGGUCGGAGAGUGUCUGUUCAGCCUGAGGAUGCAACCCUUGAUGAAGCUGAUAUAGAUGAAUUAACAUCGCAUCGUUCUGACGAUCCGAGAGGGAUGCGUCGCCACAGGGUACAGCAGAGUGCUCAAAGUGGACGCAAGGACUCCACUACGGUACCACUGGGGAAACCACCGACCGGAAAGAAGGCCAUUGACCACAGUCCGCAUGAUGUUUUCGUACAAUUGGACGAAUUGGUUGGGCAAGGAGAGGAUGCUGAGUGGAAGGAAACUGCGAGAUGGAUUAAAUAUGAGGAGGAUGUGGAGGAGGGUUCUGACCGCUGGGGACGUCCCCAUGUAGCAUCACUCUCCUUCCAUUCUCUCCUCAAUCUGAGGCGAUGCCUCGAAACGGGUGUUGUUCUCAUGGAUUUGGAGGAAAAAGACCUACCCGGAGUAGCCUACAGAGUUGUGGAACAGAUGGUUGUGGAGGAUUUAAUUCAAGCAGAUGAUAAAGCCACCGUGCUAAGGGUCCUUCUACUUCGUCAUCGGCACGUGAAUGAAUCCCAUUCUGGCUUUCACUUUGGCUCACGACGCAAAUACAGCAGUUACACGAGCUUACAGUCAUUGUGGAAUCAGGAAGGGCUGGAUACGGUUGGUGGUGCCAAGAAUGGUGUUCAUCGGCGCCCAUUUAGUCCAUCAAUGGUCACGGCAAACGACACCUCAAUCCCACGACGUCACUCAACUCUAUCCUACAUGCUAUUCAAUUUGAGUGAGGAUAAAAAGCCAAAAAUUGUUCCUGCCGGUGAGAUUAAUGGAUUCGGUGGGAAUGAUACGAAAAUUGACAUUAAGGAGGAAGUUUAUUCCUCAUCCCAGGAGGAUUUGGUGAGGAAGGCGCAGAAUGAUACAAUCCUCAAGAGGAUCCCACAGGGAGCUGAAGCCACAACGGUUUUGGUGGGAGCUGUGGAUUUCCUCGAUCAGCCAACGAUAGCCUUUGUUCGCCUUGCUGAGGGGAUAAUCAUGCCAAGUAUUACGGAAGUCCCAAUCCCCGUUCGUUUCCUCUUCAUCUUGCUUGGGCCAAAGGACAUCGAAUUGGAUUACCAUGAAAUUGGUCGCUCAAUUGCCACCCUUAUGUCAAAUACGCAUUUCCAUGGGAUUGCGUACAAGGCAGACGAUCGAAAGGAUCUCCUUUCGGCCAUUAAUGAAUUCCUCGAUGACUCCAUUGUGUUGCCACCGGGAAAUUGGGAGCGUCAGGAACUCUUGCCCAUUGAGGAGCUCAAGGCGAAGAGCGAGAGAAUUCGCAAUAGGAAAGUGAAGGCACAGGAGAAGAAUAAGGAGAAGCAAAUGCUAAUUGCAGAUGAGGAGAAACGUCUUCUGGCUGCGGCUGAAGGUGAUCCAGAUGGGAAGAAACCAGCUGGGCCAUUGGAGCGCACCGGUCGUCCAUGGGGUGGGGUGUUCAAUGACAUCCGUCGUCGGCUGCCUAUGUUUAAGAGUGACAUAAAAGAUGGCCUCAAUAUGGAGACUCUCGCGGCAAGUCUCUUCCUCUACUUUGCCUGCCUCUCAACGGCUAUUACCUUCGGUGGUCUUGCCUCGGAUAAGACACACAAUCUCAUCGGGAUCUCUGAGACGCUCAUCUCGCAGAGUAUUGCCGGAGUUUUCUUUCACCUUGUCUGCGGUCAGCCACUUGUUAUAAUCGGCACAACGGGACCGCUGCUCCUAUUCGAUGAAGCUCUCUAUGAGUUCUGCAAGGCAAAUGGAUUUGAAUUCCUCACAAUGCGCGUCUGGGUGGGACUGUGGCAGAUUGUUAUUGCCCUCGUGGUGUCCUUCUUCGAGGGUAGUGGCCUCGUGCGCCUCUUCACGCGCUUCACGCAGGAAAUCUUCUCGGCACUCAUUACACUCAUCUACCUCGUUGAGACAGCCAUGAAGCUCAUUAAAGUCUACCGCAGGCAUCCGCUGCAUGCUGAAUAUCAAUUCCAGAAUAUUACCCCACCGGAACCACCAACAACAGUCAUGAGUAUCAUCCCUGUCAACGAAACAGAUGGUAGUUCCAAUGAAGAUGCCACAAUCUGGACGACUCUUGUGGAGGAAGUUACGACGCUCAUUUCAGCUGUGCAGGAAAAUGUCACAACCACCGUGGCUACCACUACAACCGUUGCCACACCUGCAGAGACUCAAUUAGCUGUAGCACCGGCAAACAGCUCCCUUCUACUUCCCUUUGACGAUCUUGGGCCACUCAAUCAACCCAACACUGCCCUCUUCUGCACAAUUCUCACCCUGGGCACCUUCUGCCUUGCCUACUACCUCAAACUCUUCCGGAAUUCCCACUUCCUGGGACGUACAGCUCGCCGGGCUCUCGGGGACUUUGGUGUACCCGUGUCCAUUGCAAUCUUCGUCGCUGUGGACUACAUGGUGCCACAAGUCUUCACGGAUAAACUCUCCGUACCCGAGGGAAUUUCUCCGAGUCAGGAGAGAGCUUGGAUUGUCCCAUGGGGUCCUGUACCGACAUGGGUGCCAUUUGCCGCCCUCGUCCCAGCACUCCUUGUCUACAUUCUCAUCUUCAUGGAAACGCACAUUUCCGAGUUGAUUGUAGAUAAACCAGAGCGUGGUCUCAAGAAGGGAUCUGGCCUUCAUUUGGACAUUGUCCUCCUUAGUGUCUGCAAUACCGUUUGCAGUUUCUUCGGUAUGCCAUGGCACUGUGCUGCCACCGUGCGAUCCGUAACACAUGUCUCAGCUGUCACUAUUAUGUCCAGGACACACGCUCCUGGAGAUAAGCCUCAUAUUGUUGAUGUGAAGGAACAACGAAUUUCUGGCCUCUUUGUCUCCGUCAUGAUGUUCUUCUCUGUUUUCCUCGCACCCAUCCUUAGGCUCAUUCCCAUGAGUGUUCUCUUCGGGGUCUUCCUCUACAUGGGUGUCGUUUCAAUGAUGGGCGUUCACUUCUUUGAGAGAUUGAAGCUCUUCUUUAUGCCAGUGAAAUACCAUCCACCAGAGCCGUUUGUCCGUCGUGUUCCAACAUGGAAGAUGCAUAUCUUUACGUUCACACAAGCAGCUGCUCUGGCAAUUCUCUGGACUGUCAAAUCAUCAUCUUUCUCACUGGCAUUUCCCUUCUUCCUCAUUAUGAUGGUGCCACUGCGCCACAAGCUGGCGUCCUACUUUACAGCCUCUGAACUUAAUGCGUUGGAUGGAAAUAAACCCGACGUAGAUCCAGACAAUGAACCCGAUUUCUACGAACAAGCCGGAAUGCCAUCGUAAACUCAAUUUACAAUCCCAGUGAUGCUCAGAAAUUCCUCGAAACAUUGCGGUGCAGAGCAUACUUUCUGUGUCCCUCAAUGCAACAUAAAGCUCUUUUAUAGUGAGAUUUAUGUUGCACAAAAGUAUUAUAAAUAUACAUUGAGAAAAAGAUAUAUAUCUAACAUAUUUAGCGAAGGAUUCUUUAUAGAAAAAAAAGAGUGGAAAGAAUAUAUUUUCUUAUAGAAGAAAUAUUUACGUGAUGGUAUUUACAGUGAAAGUGAUUUAGGAAGAGAUAGAGAGACAAAAUAUAUAUUUAUGCUAAAAAAAAUUAGAGCUCUCAAAGUACCUACAAAGAAAUAAAGUUAUUUUUUCUUAACUUCUUGAGAGCUUUUGAACAGUAUUUUUGUGAAGAAUAUUUCAAAGAGAUGGAAAAAGGAAAGGCGAAGGAAUGUUAAGGAGAUACAAAAAAAAGAAAAUUUUUAAUACAAAAAAAGAACCUUCGAAACUACUUAAGAUUCCUUUCUUUUUAGAACAUUUAAUCUACGUAAAUUAUAUUUAAUAGAAGAAAUUUUAAACCUCAUGGUGCUUUACAGAAAAUAUAUUUAAAACUACAACCCCCGUGAAAAGAAUGGGGAUUAUUCUAGAGAGCAUUUCAUUGAAAUCCAAAAUAUGGAAAAUUAAUUAAAAAGUACAUAAAUAAAUAAAUAAAUUCAAAAGAAAAACAAUCAAAGAUAGCAAAAUAGAGCCCAAAAUAUUCAUUGUUGAAAAAAAAAACUUCAAAAUGUUCAUUUCAUCGGCCAAACUAUAAUAUUAUUCUAAAGUAAAAACCUCCCGAUUUCCCACAAAAAAAAAUCAAAAAACCACCCCACGUUGUAUUUAACAUGUAAAUUUUCUUUUAUUUUUUCAUUUUCUCUCUAUAUAUAAGCAAUUCAACCCCCAAUACCCUUCUCAAAAGUAAAUUCUCAGUAGAAAAAAUAUAAAUCGUCCAAAAAAUACUUUAAAAAAAAAUCAAGAUAAUCUUCUCAAGUAAUAAAAUGUAGAGAAAAUAAAAUAUUUUUAAGAAAAAAAUUCAAAUCACUUUUGAAAGCUCAGACAGGAAGGUUAUUUCUUCUUCUUCUAAAGGAAGAAAGAUGACAACAGAUUGGGAAAUUCGAGAGAAAGAAAAAUUUGCAUAUUAAAAUACAAUUAAAAGUAUCUGUGAUUGAUGAAGAGCUAAAAUGCGGACAUUGAGGAUCAAAAAAAUGAACGUGUGACGUUGCAAAGCUAUUUUCUGAAUGCACUUCUUAUUAAAACAAAAAAAAUAGAUAAUGUAAUAAGUAGAAAAAAAAAACAAAGUAUAUAGUCCAAAAAUACUUUAAAAAAACUUAUCUAUUAGCUAGGAAAUUCCUCUGUUAGGAGAAUAAAAAAAAAUGUGAACAAAAAUUUAGCGAAUCAAAUUUGAUCCAAUAAAGUUAUUUCAAAAAUUAAAAAGAAAAA